CCUCCAUGGGGUCUGCAGCUCUUCUACAGGGUCUGUGUCCUCCUGCAGCUCCUAGCAAAGCCGCCCGCCACCAUGGUGCACUGGACAGCCGAAGAGAAGCAGCUCAUCGCCAGCGUCUGGAGCAAGAUCAAUGUGGAGGAAUGUGGUGCUGAGGCCCUGGCCAGGCUGCUGAUUGUCUACCCCUGGACCCAGAGGUUCUUCUCCUCCUUUGGGAACCUCUCCAGUCCCACUGCCAUCAUUGGCAACCCCAAGGUCCGUGCCCAUGGCAGGAAGGUGCUCACCUCCUUCGGGGAAGCUGUGAAGAACCUGGACAACAUUAAGGCGACCUACGCCAAGCUGUCCGAGCUGCACUGUGAGAAGCUGCAUGUGGACCCUGAGAACUUCAGGCUCCUCGGAGACAUCCUCAUCAUCGUCUUGGCUUCCCACUUCGCCCGGGAUUUCACCCCUGCUUGCCAGUUUGCCUGGCAAAAGCUGGUUGGUGUGGUGGCCCACGCUCUGGCCCGCAAGUACCACUGAGCAUCCCAAGGCUGGCCGUGCGAGGAAGGGUCCCUGCUCCCCCAACAAGCACCCCUGAGCAGAAGGAGGUGCCCGUCGGGUUCUGACGGGCUGUAGCCACCAAAUAAACGCCUCCCAGCACCGUG